AUGGACGGAGAACAUGGUUCGCCGCUGCAGCCCAAACCCGUGAGGAGGAGGCAGAAAGCCCAGCAGGAGGACCCAGGUGAGGCUCGGAAGUCCCCGCCGGCGGCGGAGAGGUCGGAGGUCGUGUCCCCCGGGUUGGCCGACUGGAUCAAGCGCAGGGCCAAUCACCUGAAGAUCCGGCAGACCGACCGCUGCUGGGCCGCCGAGGUGGUCAACGACUUCCGGGAGAACCUGCUGAAGUUCCUGAGGAGCGAGCAGCCGCUCUUCCAGGGGGCCGACUUCCUCACUGCUGGCAGCUACUUCGAGAAGGUCAAGAUCCAGAGCCCGGAUGAGUUCGACAUGAUGCUGACGGUUCAGCUGCCCUGCGGCCUCAACACCACCAGGCUGGACGGCGGGCUGUUCUACCGGCUGGACCUGGCCCGGCCCACCCGCCGGCCCAUCCAGCCCUUCCUGCUGGAGGGCAGCCUCACCAUCUCCUCCAGCAAGGUCCUGAGCGAGAUGCACGGCCUCGUCCGCAAGUUCCUCAAGGCCUACCGAGUGCCAGAUCACCAGUGUCACUGGGAGGUGAACAGGAAGCGUCUGCUCUCUCCAGCUGUCACGCUGUCCCUGCGCAGUACGGAGCGCAGCGCCGAGCUGAUCUCCGUGGACGUGGUCUUUGCCCUGGAGGUCCAGGGAUGGCCGGCGGCGGUCCGGAACGGUCCGGACGUGGAGAACUGGCUGGGCAAGAAGGUACGCCAGGAAAUCCGAAGUCUGCCGUGUUACUUCGUGCCGAAGAGGUUGAAAGGUCAGAAAGGCAACGAAGAUGCCAAAGAGAGCUGGAGGAUUUCUUUCUCUCACAUUGAGAAGAAGAUCAUCAUGUUUCAUGGCAACAAGAAAACCUGCUGUGAGAGUAAAGCCACCAAAUGCUGCCGGAAGUCGUGUUUAAUGCUGCUCAAAUCUCUGAUCCAGGGUCUGAAACACUGUUUUCCCAAAGAGUUGGAGGACCUGUGCUCGUACCACGGGAAGACCGCUUUCCUCCACUGCCUGUCCUCCAGGUUUGAUGACGCCGCCUGGGCUCCUCAGAAUCUUCCCGCCUGCUUCCUGUACCUGGCUGAUGCUCUGGAGAACCACGCCCGCACUGGCAUCCUGCCUCACUUCUUUAUCCCAGAGUGCAACCUGUUCUCGUCACCUUCUUUCUCUCGCAAAUCCCUGGUUUUCCUCGUCGGCGUCCUGGAGGAGCAGAGGAGGGAAGGCCUGCCCCUGCUGAAGCCUCCAGCUCCUGUAUCUCCUCUGAGGCCGACUGUGACCGCAGCCCAACCUGCCUCUGGGAGUCUCUCUGAACCCCCACUGACUCCACGUCCCCCUGUCACAUUCAUUUUGGUGCUUCUGUUUCUUCUGGUUGUUAUUUUGGGCUUGAUUUGGUAUUUUUUUAAGCGAUAGGAACAAGGAUAGACGUCAGGACUUGCAUAUUACAUAGAUCAGGUAGUUACGGCUGUUUCCCUAGCAGACGUUGGUCACACAAAGAAAUAAAAAGUCAAAUGAAGCAGAUAUGAACUGUGAAAAGACCUUUUUAAUUACCAUUAAUAACAUCACCAUUAAUAACAUCUUUUAGACCAAUGAUCUAACUCCAAUCUAACAGAGAACGGCUGCCUUUGUGUCAGGAAAGAGUUAGAGAUUUCCAAAUAUCCUUUUAUUUUAAUUUGAUAUUAAGUAUUUUAGAAUAUGUUUUUUAUCUGUGGGGACAAACACCUGUGUUGACGACACAGCCACUUGUGUCACGGUCAUUGCUCAUCACUGGUGGUGAUAA